AACACUGGUUGUCAACAAAUUGUGCGUCUGUCGAAGUCGCCGUUCGCCGAACGACUCGAACGAUCGCUUGAGGCUGUAUCUCGGGAAGUGUAAAUUUGAAAAUCAUCACAUAGAUAAAUGCCAAGCGUCAAGGAUGAAUCGGAUGGCGAAGGGGAGGAAAUGUCUCACGACAGUAACGAUAGUAAUCAGAGUUCCGCGUCGUGCGACAGCAGCGCGGAACACACUGACAGCGAUGACUCGUCGGAGAUGGACGAGGAUGAAUGCGAGAGGAGGCGUACUGAAUGCAUAGAUAAUCUGGCGGAUUUGGAAAGACAGUUUACUGUACUCAAAGAACAAUUAUACCGAGAAAGAAUCACGCAAGUGGACACAAAGCUCGGUGAAGUCCGUGUUGGAAAAUCCGAGGAAUACCUAAUACCAUUGGAGCGAUUAAAGGAAAACAUGAAGACGAAAACAGAAGUGGCUGGAAUAUUGAGAAAAUAUAGAUUACAAAAUAUUCAGAAUAAAUUCCUAGCGGAAGAGCUGGCCGCCUUCCAAAAUUUUGAAAGCGAGAAAGGUCUGGUCUGGGAUUGCAUCCAUAACGACCUGCAGGAGAAGAUUCGCCGUCUAGAGGAAGAUAGGAAUAACGUGGACAUACAUGCGGAUUUGUGGCUUAACACAACUGGCAGGAGACGCAGAAACCAUUCGGAGAGAAGACGAGCGAUUUCCGUCACAGGACCUUACAUCGUUUACAUGCUCAACGACGCGGAUAUAUUGGAAGAUUGGGCGUUAAUAAAGAAAAGUCUAGGUAGCCGGAAAGCGGAAAUAAUGUAAAUUAUACUUCGAGCAUCGUUGAAAACAGCUUCCACACAUCACGCGUUCAUCUUUGAUAUGAACGGGAAUUUCGUCCAAUCGGAAAUGGUCUAAAAUUAGACAAGCAACUGGCAUUUAUUGAGCAUCUAAUAUCUGUACAGUGUGCCUUGAUAAACAAAAAUAAGGGUAAUUAUUUACUAACCUAAAUAAUUAUUGAAUUAAAAUAUCAUAUUCGCCGAGACGUACUUCUGUGGUAUACUAGUGCAGGAAAAUUAUGUACAUACAACUCGCGUAAAGAGACAUGGUCCAGUCCGGUGCGUCCUUUUUAGCGCCUAGACACGAUUGUGUCUCGUGAUUAUGUCAUCAAAAAUGAUACCCAUAAUUUGAAAAAAAAAAAGAAGAUAUAAGUAUAUAUUGCCUAUACUAGAUUCAAUUAAUAAGAAAAUUUACAUCAUAAAUUAUACGACAAUUAUGUUAAUCCAUAUUGUCCAAAAUAAUUGGUUUUUAUGUUCGAUAUAAGUAACAUCUUGUUUAUUUUCUUUAUUUUUUCCCUAUAAUAUCAUAAAGAAAUGAGAAGA